AUGGACGAACGCGCCAAGAUCCGAGUUACUCUUCCUCGAGAAAACCCAACCCCGAGCUACUGGCAAGACCCUCCGGACGAUAUUGCCGACCAGCGCACCACCAAGGACCUUCCAAGCCAUGUCGACAUCGUCAUCAUCGGGAGCGGCAUCACCGGCGCCGCGAUAGCAUGGAAUCUCCUAAAGGAUGUCCGCCCCGGGGAAAAGGGGUCCAGAAACAUUGUCAUGCUUGAGGCCCGCCAGGCCUGCUCUGGCGCAACCGGUCGUAACGGUGGACACACCAAAGCCGCCUCCUACCGCUCCUUUCUCGAGCACGCCUCUCUCCUCGGCACUCCAGCCGCGGUCCAGAUUGCCCGCCUGGAGUACGAUAACAUCCAAGCCAUCCACGCCUUUGCCAAAGAGCACAACAUUCCUUGCGACUCCAACCCCUGCCACACGAUUGACAUCAUCUACGACCAAGCCCAAUGGACCGCCGCCCACGAAGCCGUCACUGCUAUGAAGGCCGCGUUCCCCGAGGGAGACCCAGUAGCAGAGUACACCUUCCACUCCCCGGCCGAAGUUCAGUCCAAAUUUCAUUGCGCCCUUGACGCCGGCACAAUAGCCGGCGAGCCACAAACCCUCUACGGUGGCGUCUCCUACCCAGCCGGGAGCAUUUCCUCCUACGCCUUCACCGCUGGCCUCCUCAAGCUCUGUCUAUCCCGUGGCCUGAACCUACAAACCAACACCCCCGCCACCUCCUUAAUGAAAAACCGCGACGAACGCACCUGGACCGUACGAACCCCUCGUGGAAACAUCUGGACUAAGGACAUCAUCCUCGCCACGAACGGGUACACGGCCGCCAUUGCGCCUACCUUCCAAGGUGUGAUAGUCCCCCUGCGCGGACAGGUCACGGCGCAAAGACCGGGUAGCAACCUAUCCGAGAAAGGAUGUCUACCGACCACCUACAGCUUCAUCUACGAUAAGGGGUACGAGUACAUGAUUCCACGACCAAAGGGAAGUCGAAACGAAGGGGACUUGGUUAUUGGUGGUGGGCUAGUGAGGGCCAAGGAAGAAGGGCUGGGGGAGUACGGAACUACGGAUGAUACGACUGUUAACGAGGAAAUCAGCACUUACCUCCAGAACACUUUGACGAGGUACUUUGGUGGUGGUGGUGAUGGUGGUGGUGGUGAUCGAAAUGGGAAAGGAGACGAUCACCCAGAUGGAAGAAUCAAAAAGGAGUGGACGGGAAUCAUGGGGUAUUCUCCCGAUGGAUUUCCAAUGGUCGGAGCAGUGCCGGGAGAGAACGGGUUUUGGAUGAGUUGUAGUUUUCAGGGCCAUGGGAUGGUGUUGUGCUGGAUGUGCGCGAAGGCAUUGGUGGAGAUGAUGGAGGGGAGGGACAAUGAAAAGUUGAGGCGGUGGUUUCCGGAGGCGUUCAAGGUUGGGUUCGAGAGGAUGAGGAAGAGGUUUCAGGGAAGGCUGCAUACGAGUGUUGCGGUGGCACCGGGGCCGGCGGUGGGGGGAGAGUCUGAGUAA